CAAAAGAGGUGUGCAAUGCUCUAAAACAAUAUUUCUCUUACUACAGUCGACCUAAAAGAAUAAUUAGCGAUCGAGGUACAUGCUUUACUUCAGCCGCAUUUUCCAAUUUCCUUUCUUCUCGCGGAAUUAGCCAUGUGUUGAAUGCCACAGGAUCACCACAAGCUAAUGGUCAAGUGGAAAGGGUCAAUCGCAUUAUUCGUCCCAUAUUGAGCAAAUUAUCAAAUCAGACCGACCAUGUAGAUUGGGUGACCCAUUUGCUAUCUACAGAAUACGCUCUUAAUAAUACCAUUCAUUCGUCCACUCGUUUUUCCCCUUCUAUGCUAUUGUUUGGUGUUAACCAACGAGGCCCUUCAGUAGAUAUAUUGACCGAAUAUUUAGAAGACAAAAACAAAGCAUUUUCAGAUUUAGAAACUAUACGUGCAGAAGCAUCAUUCAAUAUUUUAAAAUCACAACAAAAUAAUGAGAAACAACAUGCUAAACACCAUCGCCCUGCUCCCGUAUUCAAUGAAGGAGAGUUUGUUGUAAUUAAAAAUGUAGAUAACACACCAAAUUCAAACAAAAAACUCAUUGCCAGAUAUAAAGGUCCAUACGUUAUCCACAAACGUUUACCUAAUGACAGAUAUGUUAUACGUGAUAUCGAUGGAAUACAAAUGACGCAAAUACCAUAUGAUGGAGUGUUGGAGUCGGACAAGUUGAGAAGAUGGAUAGUGCCUCUGGGGGGAGCUUGAUCGGAAUAUGUUCAUAAAGCUACACUUAAGAUUAAGGGUAGGGCUAUACAUAUGCAGGAAAAAUUGAGGUCAAUUUCUCGUCAGGAUGGCCGAGCUGUAGAAAUUAGAAAUUCGAAUUUGUAUAUACCUCACACAUACACCUUGACAUCCUUACACAUACACCUUUUCUAUAUGUACAUCUUGUUUGUGCGAUCACACCUAGGUUUAAGUAUCUCAGGCAAUACUGUCAAAUAGAGAUGUCAUUCGUGAUUGAGCGCUAAAACAGAAAACACGCAAUUCUUCAGCCUUCAGUUAAUUCUUCCGAAAUUAAGAAAGAUUACAAUUCAGAAGUGGGAUAAACCGUUUGUGCCGAAAAAUGCUUACAAAAGAGGAACUUCUUUGUGCUUUGGAAGUUGCUAACAUCGAAGUGCCUCCGAAAGCAACUUUACCACAACUACGCAUGUUGUACGAGCAAAGUGUACCGAAAAACAAAAUGGAGGAACAAUCAACCCAGAAUUUCAUUCCUCAAAGAGUGUGUGCAGAUGAAGACGAAGUGACGAACAAUGGAAACCACGUUGCAGCAGCCGCCAUCUUGAUGAAAGACAAAGCUGCUCCGACAUCUUCGACGCAAGGUGCUUCAUUCGACGCAACUUCUCAUCAAUUGGAAUUAAUGGCGCUACGAGCAAAAAUUAUGGAAAUGGAACAGCGGCAGACGUUUACGGAUGGUCGAUUGGUUCAUCCCGAGGAGUUGAAACAUUUGAUACCGGAAUUUUCUGACGGCCUCGGUAUCAAUAAGUGGAUCAAUACGAUUCGCUACAAUAGCGAAUUAUAUGGAUGGCAGGAUCGCACGAUGCUUUUAUAUGCAGGCAGUCGGUUGACUGGAGCAGCAAGCGAAUGGUACAAUGGCUUCCGUAACACUUUGAAGACAUUCGACGAAUUCGCUGACACAAUUAAAAAGGCUUUUCCUGAUCGCUGUAACGAAGCCGUUAUUCAUAGCCAAUUAGCAUCGGUCUACAAGAAAAUUUCUGAGUCGUACACAAGCUAUGUAUACCGAGUAAAUGCGCUGGGAAUGUCAGGCCACGUGAGUGAGGAGGCUAUCAUAACUUAUGUCAUCAGAGGACUUUCUCGUGACCCUCUCUAUGAUAGCCUUGUGACCAAGGAUUACCGCGAUAUUUACGACCUGAUUGACAACAUUAAGCGAUAUGAAUCCCAUCUUCUGUUGCGCAAAAACCCAGAACGCCGCAGCCCAUCUCACAUCAACACCAUUUCCCCGAGACCGAUUCCACCAAGACAAACGACGACAGAACCUCUUCGAUGUUAUAACUGCUCGAAUCAUGGACAUCAUUCAUCGCAAUGCACACAACCUCGCCGAGCUCCGGGUUCCUGUUUCCGAUGUGGUAGCACAUCACAUGUCAUUCGCAACUGUCCUGUCCCAGAUAGACGUCAACUAACGGUUGCUGCGGUACAGGGCAACGACAAUGAAACAGCGCAUCUAGAUUCUGGGGAAAAUGGAAACUUCGUUCAACUUGAGGCCUAUCAGGAGCUCUAAAAGCUUCAUAAAUGAAGCCAUUGUUCCGGUUACAAAACUAAGCGCUCCCCAACCAAGUGGAUUUCGAGGAAUAGGAAAUGUGAAUUUACAAACUCUUGGAACAGUACAGCUAAAACUUAGUUUUCGUAAUCAAACAUUCAUUCACAAUUUCUAUAUUUUACCAAAAAGCUACAUGUCCCUAUCCAUGAUAGUAGGGAGAGAUUUGUUAUCAGAAUUUAACAUCACACUCGCUCAAUUCCGUAAACAUUACAGCAAACUUAUGCUGAUGAAUUUAAAUAAAGAUAAAAUUCUGAACUUAAAAAAACCGGGUUUUUACCAUAAGCUCCAAACGUUGGGUCUUUUACGUAGUUCGAUCCAGGCUCCCUUACCAGAGGUAUGCAAAGAUUCGAAAUUGUCCGAUCCCAAUAUUUCUUCAAAAUUCAUUUCGAUAUCAGACAAAUCUGAACAUAAACAACAAUAUGACACAACUUUUUCUGAAAUGUGUUCUAUAAAUAUUAGCGAUGAGGCUAGCACUAUAAAUGUUGGAGAACAUCUUUCUAAAGAACAAGGCAUUGCUUUAAGAUCAAUAGUGUCCAAUAAUUACAUUAAUUUUCCGGAUAAACAUAUAAUACCAUCUGCUCAUAAAAUGCGAAUUAGCUUAACUCAUGAUACUCCUAUUUUCACAAAGCCUAGACGACUUUCUUUCGAUGAAAGGAAUAAAGUAAAAGUCAUUGUGAAGGAUUUAUUAGAGAAAAAUAUAAUAAGACCCAGUAACUCUCCUUAUGCUUCCGCACUGGUACUCGUUAGGAAGAAAAAUGGCGAAAUUCGUAAGUGUGUCGACUACCGACCUCUUAAUAAAGUAACAAUCCGCGACAACUACCCGCUUCCACUCAUAGAGACGUGCCUAGAACACUUGGGCAAUAAAAAAUUCUUUACGUUACUAGACCUAAAGAGUGGUUUUCAUCAAGUGGCAAUGGACGAGGAUUCAAUUAAAUUCACAGCGUUUGUUACUCCAGACGGCCAGUACGAGUACACGCGUAUGCCCUUCGGAUUAAAAAACGCGCCAGCUGAAUUUCAGCGUUUCAUUAAUACAAUUUUGCGGAAAUUCAUCGAGAAUGAAAAGCUGGUUGUAUACAUUGACGACAUUCUCAUAGCUUCUCAAGACUUUAAAGAACAUCUUGAAAUAGUUAGUGAAGUUUUGCAUACUCUACGAAAUAAUGGGUUGGAGCUACGGCUUGAUAAAUGUAAGUUUGCUUACGAUGAAUUGGAUUACUUAGGAUACAAGGCCAAUCAUUCAGGUAUAUGUCCUAGCGAUAAUCAUGUAAAAAUUAUCAAAAACUAUCCUGUUCCUCAGAACACAAAACAGGUACAACAAUGUUUAGGUCUUUUUUCGUUUUUCCGGAGGUUUGUUCCACAUUUCUCUAGUAUUGCAAAACCACUUACUAAUCUUUUGAAAAACAAUGUUCCAUUUAUUUUUGAUGAUGAGUGUAAAAAAGCAUUUGAAACACUCCGAGAUAAAUUGAUAGUAGCUCCGGUGCUUGCCAUAUACGACCCUAAACGCGAAACUGAACUUCACUGUGACGCAAGUUCGAUAGCUUUUGGUUCUGUGCUUUUGCAAAAACAGGAUGAUGGUAGAUAUCACCCUAUUUCGUAUUUUUCCAAAACCACUUCGGCUGAUGAAGCUAAAUUGCACAGCUACGAGCUUGAAACAUUGGCCGUUAUAUAUGCGCUCAAACGUUUCCAUACCUAUGUACACGGCAUUCCAAUAAAGAUAGUGACUGAUUGUAAUUCUCUGGUAGAAACGCUUAAAAAUAGAAAUUCGUCCGCAAAGAUAGCACGUUGGUCACUGUUCCUGGAGAAUUAUAAUUACAUUAUUCAACAUCGCCCUGGAUUAGCAAUGAGUCAUGUAGACGCAUUAAGCCGACUGGAACAUUUGGCUGCCUUCGAUGAUGUUGAUAUUGACUUCCAAAUACGUGUAGCUCAAGCUAGGGAUCCGCUUAUCCAAACUCUGAAAAAAGAGUUAGAGACGACGGAUGUCGAAGGUUACCAAUUACAAGACGGUAUUGUAUUCAAACGAUCACCUUCUAAUAGGCUAAAAUUAUACGUGCCAACAGAAAUGGUUAAUAAUCUGAUACGAUCAAUACACGAACAAAUAGGUCAUUUGGGAGCCGAAAAAUGUUGCAACCAAAUAGAUCAGAAUUAUUGGUUUCCUAACAGAAAAACACGGAUAAUAAACUUUAUAAAUAACUGCUUGAAGUGCAUUAUUCACUCUGCUCCAUCUAGAGUAAAUAAUCGGAACCUUCAUAGCAUCCAAAAAGAACCUUACCCAUUUGAUACCUUGCACAUUGACCAUUUUGGACCGCUACCUACAUCAUCUUUAAAGAAAAAAUACUUAUUGGUAGUAAUAGACGCAUUUACGAAAUUCGUUAAAUUGUAUCCAACAACUUCCACUAGUACAAAAGAGGUGUGCAAUGCUCUAAAACAAUAUUUCUCUUACUACAGUCGACCUAAAAGAAUAAUUAGCGAUCGAGGUACAUGCUUCACUUCAGCCGCAUUUUCCAAUUUCCUUUCUUCUCGCGGAAUUAGCCAUGUGUUGAAUGCCACAGGAUCACCACAAGCUAAUGGUCAAGUGGAAAGGGUCAAUCGCAUUAUUCGUCCCAUAUUGAGCAAAUUAUCAAAUCAGACCGACCAUGUAGAUUGGGUGACCCAUUUGCUAUCUACAGAAUACGCUCUUAAUAAUACCAUUCAUUCGUCCACUCGUUUUUCCCCUUCUAUGCUAUUGUUUGGUGUUAACCAACGAGGCCCUUCAGUAGAUAUAUUGACCGAAUAUUUAGAAGACAAAAACAAAGCAUUUUCAGAUUUAGAAACUAUACGUGCAGAAGCAUCAUUCAAUAUUUUAAAAUCACAACAAAAUAAUGAGAAACAACAUGCUAAACACCAUCGCCCUGCUCCCGUAUUCAAUGAAGGAGAGUUUGUUGUAAUUAAAAAUGUAGAUAACACACCAAAUUCAAACAAAAAACUCAUUGCCAGAUAUAAAGGUCCAUACGUUAUCCACAAACGUUUACCUAAUGACAGAUAUGUUAUACGUGAUAUCGAUGGAAUACAAAUGACGCAAAUACCAUAUGAUGGAGUGUUGGAGUCGGACAAGUUGAGAAGAUGGAUAGUGCCUCUGGGGGGAGCUUGAUCGGAAUAUGUUCAUAAAGCUACACUUAAGAUUAAGGGUAGGGCUAUACAUAUGCAGGAAAAAUUGAGGUCAAUUUCUCGUCAGGAUGGCCGAGCUGUAGAAAUUAGAAAUUCGAAUUUGUAUAUACCUCACACAUACACCUUGACAUCCUUACACAUACACCUUUUCUAUAUGUACAUCUUGUUUGUGCGAUCACACCUAGGUUUAAGUAUCUCAGGCAAUACUGUCAAAUAGAGAUGUCAUUCGUGAUUGAGCGCUAAAACAGAAAACACGCAAUUCUUCAGCCUUCAGUUAAU